AUGGCAAACCAAAUAACAGAGGCCUCGCUAAAGCAGGCUCUCACCGAGCGUCUGCAGGCAAUUCACGUCGAGAUCUCGGAUAUGUCAGGCGGCUGCGGUCAAGCCUUCACCUCGACAAUCGUCUCCCCCGCCUUCGAGAAGCAAACCUCCCUCAAGCGCCACCGCCUCGUCAACGCCGCCCUCAAGGACGAGAUCGCCCAGAUCCACGCCUGGAGCGCAAAGUGCCAGACCCCGGCCGAGUGGGAGCGCGAUAGGGCCGCCGCCGGCGGAAGCAGCGAGGGUCCGCCGAUGGACGGGACUGUUGGUGGCAGGGUUGAGGGUGUUGCGCAGUGA